CCGCGCAGCUCUGACAAGUCAACGUAAUGACUCGGGGCUCGUCCCACCUCGGAGUCUCCCCAAACAAACAGUUGAGCGGUGGAUACUGCGGAGGGAGCGAUGACUUGUAGAGUGGAUUAAGUCUCUUAGCUUUGGUUUUAAAGGGGGAUAUCUGCCUUUGUUUUUCUUCAAAGAACGCAAAGUCACUCAAGCUGUUCAAGCCCACCCGGAUACAUCCACUGCGGCAAGAUGCUGGAUGCGAGUUGGCAUUUCACUUUGACAACCGUGUCUGUUGUUGCUUUGCUUGCCUGUGCCCUGUGCUUCAAUGUGGAUGAGAAGAAUGGUAUGUCAUUCACUGGAGGUUCACUGGAGGACAUGUUCGGAUAUACCGUCCAGCAGUUUGAGAACAGUGAGGGCAAAUGGAUUUUAAUUGGGUCGCCAUUGUCGGGACAGCCAGUCAGACGCACAGGAGAUGUCUACAAAUGCCCUGUUCAUGAAGGAGAAAAUAAAUGUAUCAAGCUAGAAUUACCAAAAAACACAACAGUUCCCAACUUAAAUGAAGUCAAAGAGAACAUGACCAUGGGAACCACCCUGGUGACCAAUCCCAAUGGAGGAUUUCUGGCAUGUGGACCUCAGUACGGGUACAUGUGUGGACAGCAACAGUACAUCUCAGGUGUUUGUGCCAAUGUCAGCUCUUCCUUCCAGAUUCUGAACUCCAUUGCCCCCGCAGUGCAAGAGUGUGCUAAGGAGUUGGAUAUUGUAAUUGUCUUGGACGGAUCAAAUAGUAUCUACCCAUGGUCGAGUAUAACUGAAUUUCUGGUGCGCUUUCUUUCAAACAUAGUUAUUGGACCAAAACUUUCACAAGUGGGCAUUGUGUCUUACGGUGAGACAGUGACUCACAACGUUAACCUGAGUCAGUUUGACAACACUCUAGACCUGGUGGACUUUGUCAAAGAGCUUCCUCAGCAAACAGGCUUUAAGACCAUGACUUUUCUGGGUAUUGACACAGCCAGGAAGGAGGCAUUCAUGCCUGAGCGUGGGGCUCGACCUGGAGUUAAGAAAGUCAUGGUAACUGUGACGGACGGAGAGUCACAUGACUUCCACAACAUGAAACAGGUCAUCACAGACUGUGAAGAAGAUAAUAUUGAGAGGUUUGGCAUUGCUGUGUUGGGAGACUACAAUCGACAGAACAAGAGUGCAGAAGAAGUGCAGAAAUUUAUUAAGGAAAUUGAAUCAAUCUCUAGUCCACCAUUACAUGACCAUUUCUUCAAUGUAUCAGAUGAGUUUGCUCUUCUGAGCAUUGUGGAUGCUCUGGGAAGCAGGAUCUUUGCAUUGGAGGCUACAACUGGCAAUUUCACCUCAUCCUUUGAGAUGGAGAUGUCUCAAACUGGCUUCAGUGCUCACACGUCUAAAGAAGGAGUGCUACUUGGUGCAGUGGGAGCCUAUGACUGGAAUGGGACAGUUGUGAUACAAACUCCUAUGGGAUCCGUAGUUCCCAGGAGGAAUAGUUUCUACAAUGCAGAGACUGAGGCAGGAUAUGAACAGCUGGCUGGAUACAUUGGGUAUGAUGUCCAGUCGGCGUCCACCUUUGAUGGUGUCCUCUACAUCACUGGAGCCCCUCGCUACAACCACACUGGGCGUGUUGUCAUAUACCGUUUGGAUAAGGACAAUAAUAUUGUCAUCUCACAGAUACUCAGGGGAGAACAGAUUGGGUCCUAUUUUGGCAGUGUCCUACAAACAGUGGAUUUAGACAAUGAUACCUACACUGAUCUUCUGUUAGUUGGAGCUCCAAUGUACAUGGGCAGUGAAAAAGAUGAGCAGGGUCAAGUGUAUGUUUACAAGGUCAAUAAGGAUGGCCAUUUUGAAUACGAGUUCACUUUAAAACCCAUAAAUCAGUCAUGUUGUACUGCCCACUCCGAUGUUUGCACCAACAAAAAUGAACCUUGUGGGGCUCGAUUUGGUACGGCCAUUGCCGCAGUAUCAGAUCUCAACUUGGAUGGCUUUAAUGAUGUAGCUAUUGGGGCACCCCUGGAAAAUGACCACAAAGGGGCUGUGUAUAUUUAUCAUGGUGAGAGGGCCACUCUCAAGGAGAAAUAUGUUCAGAGAAUUCCUGCAGGUGGAGAUGGUGACAAAAUUAAGUUUUUUGGUCAGUCUAUACACGGAGUUAUGGAUCUCAAUGGAGAUGGAAUCACAGAUGUUACCAUUGGAGGUCUCGGAGGAGUAUCUUUGUUCUGGUCCAGAGACGUGGCAGAGCUCCAUGCCAACAUGACCUUUGAUCCACCUAAAAUUCGACUUCAGCAAGCUCAAAAUCAAUGUGAACAUAACGGUCGCAAAUCAGUGUGUGUAAGAACAGAAGUGUGUUUUGUCUACACAAUUAAAUCUGAUAACAAAUAUAACAAAGUCGACAAUGGUGAGUGA